AUGGACGGCAAUGGCCUUAUUUUCGACAAUCGAUUUAUCAAGCAAGGCCGCGAAGGUGGUAAGCAGGCGGCGCAUGCUCUACUUCUCUCGGUAGCGAGGCUUUGUCCUAGCCUGCCAUCGUCGUUCGAAAUUUUCUGCGACGUUCUAGUCAACAUUGCCGAGAUGGGCCGGGCCCUGGUGAAUGAUGGCAGCAUUGAUGACCCAAGUCUUUUUCAUGAAUUUGCUAUCGGCUUUACAGAGUCCAAGUCUUCUUUCAACUUUAUUGAUAUUGGCUUGAGUAAAGGAACACUGGUUCGCAAGAUCCAAGGCAUCGGCCAUGGUGCCCAAUAUGCUCCUUUUCUGCGCACAGUCAACGAGGCCGGGGAUGGCAGAAUGUGUGUCUCCGUAAUUCUGGGAGAACCUAUAGUACGCGAAAUCGAGGCCUGUGGCAACACUGUUCAUGCGCUUGACGGCAACAUCUUUCGCACGACCAAACUCGUUGAUAAGACUUUGAUAGAGAAACCGAGUGUCCAGCUUACCGAGGCGACUAAACCCCAGGGUUCACCGGUAGCUCGCGCUGCAACGACACAAGCAGUACUGACGCCCGCCACGAGUACUUCGUCCAUGUCGCCUCCACAAACUUCCUGGGCCAAGAUUACGAAAAGCGCCACUCCCCCUCCCAAACUUACCAUGCCUCUACCUCCCAAACAGGACAAGACCAAGCUUGCGAGUAAGGUACCUCCUCAGCCAGCUUGGAGCCCUGGACCUCGGGGCCGUGAUCCUCCCAUCACAGUUGGUAUUCCAGCCAUGGAAGACAUAAAGCGUCGUGAGGACUCCGACAAACUUUGCAACAACCACUUUCUCCGUGGUCCCUGUACCAGAAUAGGUGCUUGUACUUUCAACCAUACGUUCAAGCCGACAAAAGAGCAGUUAAAGGCACUCGCAAUGCUCGCCCGGCAGAAUCCCUGCAUCAACGGACAAGAUUGCGAUGUCGACGACUGCAUAUAUGGACACAACUGCCCAAAUGUAACGAAUGGUGUGUGCACUCGGUCGCAUUGCAGAUUUAAGGUCGACGGCCAUCCACCAAAUACCAAGUUUACCAACAGCAAGAUACACGAGAACUAG